AUGAAGGAAAAGAAUGAAGUCAUUCAGGAGUUCAAGGAACUCGUCAACAUGACGGCCACGGAAUUGAAAGACUGGCUAAAGGGCGACCAAUCUGAAGGCGCAGGAUGGCCUAAAGAGGAUGCAGGCGGAGAAUCUGUUGGCCACGAUAGCGGUCGACAGAUUGUCGAAAUUUUAGAGGCCAAUUCGGAAAAGGAUCCGGAAAAGUACACGGACGACCACAUCACUCACAUGAGAAAGGUGGUAGGCUAUAUCAAACGGCACUUGGCUCAAGAAGAAAAAGCAAAUAGUAAAAAGCCCGUUGAGGAGGUCAAAAAGACCAAAUCUUAUGCAUCGCUCAAGAAUUGGGGCCACGAUACCGUCAAGAAGCGUGAGGCAAAUGGCGGUGGCACCGAAGCGGAUGCCGAAGGCGAAGAGCAAGAAAACGAAAAUGAAAACGAAAAUGAAAACGAAGAGCAAGAGGAAGAGGAAGAAAAGGCAGGAGACAAACGAAAGGCAAAGAAUGACCAGUCUGGAACAAGCAAGAAGAGAGAAACAGAGGAUGGCGCAGCAGCGGUAGACAACAAUGACAAGGAGGACGAGCAGGCUGACGAAGAAGAGAAAGACUCAAACAAGGGAGACCAAUCGAAUGGCAAAGAAGGAGGAAACGGAAAAGCGGCAAAGGGUCCUGAGAAGGGAGACACAGUGAGCUGGAAUUGGGGCCAAGGACAGCCUGAAGGGAAGGUUAAGGAGGUGAAUCCCGGAAAGACGACUAUUGAGACGAAGAAAGGAAACCAAGUAUCGCGAAAGGGAAAUGAAGAAGAUCCCGCCGUGAUCCUGGAUACAGGGAAGUCGGAGGCGGUCAAGUUGAAUCACGAACUCAACGAAACGGAGGAUUAA